UUCUGUUCUUAGGAGCUGCCAUCUCUAAUAUAAUCCACUGACAGGACUGAUGGGAGAGAAAAGUAAUAUCACAGAAUUUAUUCUCCUGGGUCUCACUCAGGAUCCUGCUGGGAGAAAAAUAUUGUUUUUCAUCUUUUUACUCAUCUACAUUGUAACCAUGGUGGGCAACCUGCUUAUUGUGGUGACAGUCAUUACCAGCCCCUCCUUGGGUUCUCCAAUGUACUUCUUCCUUGCCUCUCUAUCACUCUUGGAUGCUCUUUUCUCCACUGCCAUCUCACCCAAGUUGAUUGUGGAUUUAUUCUGUGAUCAAAAAACCAUCUCUUUUACAGCUUGCAUGAGCCAGCUCUUUAUAGAGCAUUUAUUUGGUGGUGUUGAUAUUGUUAUUCUGGUGGCAAUGGCUUAUGAUCGCUAUGUGGCAAUCUGUAAGCCACUGCACUAUUUGGCCAUCAUGAAUCGAAGGGUUUGCAUCACUUUGUUGAUAAUUGCCUGGACUGGUGGUUUUACACACUCUCUGAUUCAAAUUGUCUUUGUAUACAACCUUCCUUUUUGUGGUCCUAAUGUUAUUGAUCAUUUUAUUUGUGACAUGUCUCCAUUAUUGGUACUUGCAUGCACAGACACCUACUUCAUUGGCCUCACUGUUAUUGCUAAUGGUGGAGCCAUGUGUAUUGUGAUCUUCACCCUCCUCCUAGGCUCCUAUGGAAUCAUCCUAAGAUCUCUUAAGACUCAUAGUCAGGAAGGGAGGCGCAAAGCCCUCUCCACAUGCAGCUCCCACAUCUUGGUAGUUAUCCUCUUCUUUGUUCCAUGUAUUUUUAUGUAUGCCCGACCAGUUUACAACUUUCCCAUUGAUAAAUGUAUUACUGUUUUUUAUACAAUUAUCACUCCCAUGUUGAAUCCUUUAAUAUAUACCUUAAGAAAUUCAGAGAUGAAAACUUGUAUGAAAAAGCUCUGGUGCAAAAUUCUAUCUGCAGAUUAAACUAAAAAGUAUCUCUGGUGAAACUACUUUACUUUUUAUUUGAAUAAAAUAAUUAGGAAUAAUUCUUAUGAAGGAUUAUGACACCAUCU